AUGCGACUCUCAUAUCUCACUUUAGUGCCCCUCUUCUCUCUCGUGUUUGCGCAGGACACGGAUAUAAGACAGGUGGUAAGAGCAUUCGAUGCAGCCAACAUUCCUCAAGACUUGCGCAUCAGAUUUGCACCUGAAGUGUUACUCGAGGUUUCCUUGCCACAGACAAGUGGGAGGACCAUCACCUUACAUGCAGGCGUUCAACUCCCUCGAAACGCUACCGCUGGUCCUCCUUCGUUCGCAGUAAGAGGAGACGCGGGAAGUGGUCCUUUCGUCGUAGCAACCGUCGACCCCGACGCACCUACUCCCCAAGAUCCCACCGCAGCCCAGAUCCGCCACUUCCUAGGCGGGAAUUUCGUCAACGUCGGUGGAAACCUCCGAAAUAAUACACCUGCUAUUUCCGAAUUCUUGCAGCCAACUCCACCUGCAGGUUCUGAUGCUCAUCGAUACAUCUUCCUCUUGUUCCGCCAGUCACGCCAGUUCAACACACAGACAGAGGUCAACUCUUCUACCUCCAUCUCGUUGUUUGAUAUUGCCAAGUUUGCUGCAGACACGAACCUUGGAAGUCCUAUCGGUGGUACAUUUAUGUUGGUCGCUCCCGACGCUUAA